UACUUUUAAAAAGGGUGGACUUUAGGAAGUAGUCAAUAAUGGAGUGUGUUACUAAAUUUUGUGUUUCUGUAACUGACCAAAUGCCAAAGGAAUGUUCGGUGUUUCUUGUUGGCGAUGGAAACAAACUGGGCAACUGGAAACCAACUGAUGCUGUUAAGCUUGAUUUGACUGAAGCUCAAUGGGAAAUAGAGAUGUGUCUGAACGCGAAGGAGCAAAUAAGGUACAGGUACUUUAUUGGGGCAAUGUAUGAAGGUGCUGUGGUGAUUAAGCAGUUUGAAGUUCAUCCUACAUUCAUGACAAGAAGUAUUGUGGUCCCUGAGAAAGAAAAUCUUGUGGUUAAAGAUAUAUUUGGAGUUGCAGGCGAUUUACAGUCUGUUGAUUGUGGUUGGCUGACAAGUCAAACUGAAAUACGAGUUUUAAUCAGUUCGACUCAAGGUCACCCGAUUACUUUUAAUAAAAAUUUCGGUAAUGGCAUGCUGAACAAAUCAAAGCUGAAAAUUAAACCGAUUGCUCAUGGAGAUAUCAUCGGCAUAUCUACCACAGUGAUUGAGCCUUUUCAGUCGCAACAAAUAGUUAAUAUUCCAAAUGCAGGCCUUAAAAUACCUGAAGACGAACAAAUGUGUUUGUUAUUUUCCAUGCAAACAUUGAAUGCUUCCUCCUGUUCAAUUAAUCUUGAAAUUUAUGAUAAUGAUAAACGACUUGGAGUAGCAACAGUUGCAUUCGGUGCUUUAUCCACUUCCAAACAGGCCCUCAAUAUUGCUGUAAUUGAUGAUAACUUUCUCUGUAUUGGGGUCCUUAAAAUUAGCUAUCUACGUAUAUCUCCAUUCCAAUGUGAGGCACUUAACAUGGAGAGAUUGUUCUCCAGACACUGGAAACCUAAACCCAUGGUUCACAUUGGACAUAGGGGAAGUGGUAAUUCAUUUACUAGUAAGUUGAUUGCAAAUGUCCCAGAAAAUACUGUGGCUUCAUUUAAACAAGCCAAUGAAAAUCGUGCCCAGCUGGUUGAGUUUGAUGUUCAUUUAACUAAAGAUAUGAUUCCUAUUGUUUAUCAUGACCUGACCACUUCAUGCAAAGUAAAAACUAAAGAAGAACCUGGAGAUGUUUUACUUGAGAUGCCUGUUUUUCAUUUUACACUUAAAGAACUUCAGAGUUUAGAUAUGAAGCACAGAAGUCGGAUUACCAACACCAGAAAGCUGGAUUUCAAUGAACAAGAUACAAGUCCAGAUAUGCAAAUGUUCCCCACAUUGAAAACUGUUCUAACUGACGUUCCUGUGGAGACUGGUUUCGACAUUGAAGUGAAAUGGCCGACGUUAGAUAUAAAUAAUGAAUUUGAAGAUGGACUUGAAAGUUACAUCGAUGCGAAUGUAUUUGUGGAUACAAUAUUAAAGGCAGUGUAUGAAAGUGCUGGAUCGCGUCGAAUCAUGUUUUCUUCAUUUGAUAUUGACAUUUGCAUUUUAUUAAAGAGGAAGCAGGGAAAAUACCCAGUGUUUUUACUUACUAACGGUGACACCAACUUUUAUACACCAUUGCUGGAUCCACGUGAGCGCACAAAUGGAAUGGCAGUGGGCAGCUGUCUUGCUGAGCAGUUUCUUGGUGUGAUAACUUUGGACAAGGAUGUAUACCAAACUCCUGAGGUGAUCAAAAAGAUUAAAUCCGCCGGAGUUGUAUUUGGCUGCUAUGGAGAUGAAGUCACUGAUAAUUUACCAAUGAUGAAACAGUUGAACGUGGAUAUUGCAAUCUAUGAUAGAAUAUCUAAGGAACUUGCCAAAAUCUAAAGGCUCGGUUUACUGACUAUAAAAAUUAAAUGGCAAUUGCUUCACUGUUUUUUUAUUUAGAUGUUCCUGUGGUUAUUAAGUUAUUAUAAUUAAAGUUGAAAUAUAUUUUUAUUUUGUUAGUUAAUAAUAGAAUGUGUGCUAUUGUUUCUAUUUGCAGGGUAACUACACUUAUAAUAUAGUGCUUUAUUUUGCUUAUAAAAUAUUUCUAAUUUGUCUAUUUAUGUGCA